AUGAAAGAUCGGAUUAUUGAAGCAUGGGUGACAUUAUCUGAUGACGAGUGUUUUAAAUAUGUUACGAAACUCCGGCAAAAGGGUUUGACGACUCCACAAUACGAGAAUUGGGUAAGAAGAUCCGCUGCACAAGGACAACAAGAUGAACCAGCCGAGAAGGUGAAAAAGUUGAAAGCCAUUAUCGAAGCAAGGGACAUGGAAAUUCUGCAGUUAAAUAAGUCUGUCGAAACAUACAAGGGAAUAGCGGAGCAAAACAAGCAAUUGUACGAAAAUGAGCGAGAAAAGCGUCAAGACCUGAAAAGGAAAUGCGGAGAAUUGUAUGAUCAAGCUGAACAUGUUAGAAUUCCAUAUGCUAGAGAAACUAGGGAUUCUUACGAGUACAACUGUGAGCUAGCUCCGACACGAACCACGUUGGAAGGAACAAAGAGAAAACCCUAUGAGGACCACAAAACCUAUGCUAAGAGAUGGAGGAAAAUAGUUGCAAAAGUCAACCCACCAAUGAUUGAAGACGAAAUUAUCCGCACUUUCAUUAAGGCACAUGAUCCUCCGUACUCUGAAGAACUUUUCCGCAUGACUGGAUGCUCGUUUGCCGCUAUUGUCAAUAAGUUUGAAGAGUACAAUGACUUCGUAAGAGUUGGGAAGAUCGUUAAUGUCCCUGCCCUCAAAUCGCAGUUGGAUGCUUUGCAAGGACAAGGGAGAAGUGGGAAAAAACCGCAAUUUAAAAAGAAAGAGGGGGAAGUUGCCUUUAUCUGGAAUCAAAACCCUACACCAAGACCCAGAUUUCAACAUAAACCAACAUAUUCAUCACCUUAUCCCUACUAUCCAAGUCCUCACCCUGUCUACAAUACCAAUAUCCCCCAUCCCCGACCUCAUCCAAAUGACGUCAACCCGCCUACGACCCCUUUUCAAAUAUCUCAACCAAAUUUUCAACAAACUCGUCUAUGUCCUACUUACAAUCCGAGAUUUCCCCCACCAAACAGACCCACCUAUAACUAUCCCCAACCCACUGACACCCACAAUCAAAACCCUACCCGAACAUUCACCAAUCUAGACAGGCCUUUGGAUCAAUUGUAUGAGCAAUUGAAGGUUGCCGGCAAAAUAGGCAUGAUUUCCCCUCCAUCUUAUCCUUAUGGCAUGCCGGUUGGGUACAAUCCACAUGCUACUUGUGCUUAUCAUUCAGGAGCACCUGGUCACGCCACUGCCAAUUACCGACUCCUCAAACAUAAAAUUCAAGAUAUGCUCGAAACAGGGGAAAUCGUGAUUAGGAAGAGAGAAGAACAAAGCCCAAACAUGAGCAAGAAUCCUUUGCCAGAACACACUGAUACUGUUAGAGUUAUUAUGAAUAAUAAGGAAUUUGAAGAGCUUGUCCGAAGCAUGUCAAAUGAAACAAAAGUGUUCGGGAUAAUGGAUCAACCUUUUGUAAUAGAGGAAGCAUCGUAUGAGGAAGACAAAAAGCCCUUCAUUUUAGAUCUAACUCCAUCCGAAAGUGCGGCUUUAGAACCUGUGGUAAUUGAAUUCCCGAAACAAGUGCCGGUUUUAAGUUUACGGCAAGUGCCGUGGAAUUAUAAUGAACCCGUUUUGCAAAUCGGGGGUAAACAAAUUUUGAAUGAAGAAGUGUCUGUUGUUACGAGGUCAGGAAAGAUUGCAAGUUCUUCCACUGCUAGCGCCCCAGUCCAAUUGAACAAAAUGUCUGCCCAAAUUUCCAUGCUGGACUUGCUUUUCUCCUCAGACUUGCAUAGGGAUGCACUACUGGAAGUUUUGACUAAGGCUCAGAUUCCCAUAGAUAUUUUGAUCGACAAUUUCUCGCACAUAGUUGGAAAUGUAUUGACUGCCAAGCAAAUCACUUUUUCCGAUGAAGAGCUGCCUGUGGAAGGAAUUGGUCAUAACAAAGCCUUAUAUGUAGCUGUGAGGUGCAAUGGGAAAAUGUUGGCUAAAGUACUGAUUGACAAUAGGUCUGCCCUCAAUAUUUGUCCCUGGAGCACUUUGGUGAAGUUAGGGCUGCAAGAUGUCAAAUUAAGACCCUCAGAGACCAUAGUUUGA